UUAUGUUGCAUAACAAAAAAUGUUACAUUUUAUGUUCGUACCUAGUACUUACGGGUAUUAUUACAUUUUUAAAAAUCGAAUUAUUAUCAGAUACCACUUACAGAAUACGUGUUGAAAAUUAUAUAAACAAUCAAAUUAAUUUGUAUUUAAGUUUUGCUCUUGUCUGCAAGAGUCACUAAUGGGUGGCUGCUUAAAUCACGCCUGUCACGUAUCAUGUACUAUUAUCAUAUAAGCUUAUUGUGCAAACUGUACAGAUUGUUUAUUUCAAAUAAAAAAAAAAAAAAAAAAGUUUUGCUCUAACUGUUCCGCUACUCGGGUACACUCGCCUAUAGGCUAUAGCUGUAUACAGGAUUUACAACAUACAUUCACUGUUAAUUUACCACUUGAUGUUUAAACGCGUGAUGAUGUUUUUAAUCCUUAUAAACUAUAUUACACCGGCAUUAUUCUAGACUACGGGAGUAAUAAUUAUUAAUAUAUUUUCACUAGACAUUUCCGGUUUAGAUAGCACAGAUCAAUUAUAGGUGUUAAUUGUAAAUGUAGGUAUAUCAUUCUCAUACGAGUGAAAUCUUCUUCGACUGGGGAGGGAUUCGUGUACAUAUACAAUAGGUAAACCACAUAAAUUGGUAGACUAGCUGUUUGCAGUAACGGUCGCGGGUCGUUGUCAUUCAGUGUAUCAAGCAACAGAAAAAAAGAGAUAAAAAUAGUACAACACAGAAUUCUAGAAAUUAAAACAACCGACAAUGACUAUUAAGCUAUACAUCAUGUUUGCCGUGGCCAUGACUUUCUUGAAUCUCACAGCGUCAUUUCCGUCUUUGGACGAUUUUGACGAACACGAACAUCAUUCGCAAGUGUCCAAUUCGUAUCACUUCAAGUAUGCCGUUCACGACCCCGUAACCGGUGACGAAAAAAGUCACAACGAAGUUGGCGACGGGCAUGGCUCGGUCAAGGGGACGUACAGCCUAGUCGAACCAGACGGUUCCAUUCGUGUGGUGGAAUACACAGCUGAUGACGUCCACGGCUUCAAAGCCGAAGUGAAGAAAAUCCAACCACAGAAAAAGCCUUCGUCUACAGAACAAACAUUUGACUCAGCUGAGCAUGAGGUGCCAUAUCUCCCAAACCCGGUGAAUGAUUUAGAAGAACACUACGAUCAUAUGAACUGAGAAUAUAAUUUUGUUGCAAUAUUAUUAUGAUGACAUAUUGACAUGUCAUAAUAGUAUGCAGCAAGCCUGAUUUUUGAGACUCGCAUAAUUGUUUUUCAUAUUUAUAAUAUUGUUAUUGUAUGAAUAUAUUAUAAUAUUUUUGCAAUUUUAAUAAACACGAUGUUUUUCCUCUAAGUCCAAAAAAUGUAUUAUUAAUGUAUUACGUAAACCUAAUAGUUUGUAACGUCCAAAUAAAUGUUACAUAAGUUUACAUAACUUAAUAAA